AUGAGUGAAGGUAAUAGCUGGGGUGGGAACAAUUGGAGUGAGUUAACUCGUUGCAGCUGUGGGUUAAGAGCGAAGAUCAGAACUUCGUGGACUCUUGCUAAUCCUGCUAUGAGGUUUUUGGGUUUUCCAAAUUAUGGAAAAAAUGGGGCUUGUGGUUUCUUUUCCUGGUACGAUCCACCCACAUGUGCUCGUGGUAGACAAGUUUUUCCGAAGUUGGUGGAUAAGGUUGCAGCCCUAGAAGAAUUUGUCAAUGAGGUUGCACGAUUAGAGGAUGUUGUUCAACGUUAUCGUACACGACAAAAGUGGCUUGUCAUUACUUUGAUUUCUAUAAUGCUUUUGAAUGGACUGUUUCUACUCCAAAAUAGUUGA